AUGGCAAUUGGACUCUCCUACUUCUUCUGCUUGGACACGCGUGUGUGCUUCCACACAAUAUACACAGCUGAUUCUGAGGAUAAUCGUAGAGAAACAACUGAGUUCAAAAUAUCACCAGCCAAGACUGUUUCCCAGAUCAUAUUAGAAUCACUCUGCAACAUCAAUCGAGAUUCCCUAAAGCUAAAAACUAAGGUCUUUGACAAGGCAAAGGACACCUAA